UUGUUUUAUACUCCAUAGAUUUGACUUUCAAAUGGUGACUAUUUCUGUGUUGAAUUGAUCUCUUAAAGAAAUGGCCAUGAUUGACGAUGAUGGAGAGAAAGCAAUUUCUCCGUUGAACGACCUUCCGGACGAAAUCUUGAUCAAGAUUUUUGGGUAUUUGGACUCCUCACGUGACAUUCCGAAAGUGGCCCGGGUAUGCAAACGCUUUCAUUCAAUCGCCACUGACGAAAUCGUGUGGUUCAAGAAUCUUUUGACCGCUGGAAUCUUUCCUCUUUCUGUUGACGAACAUUUCUUGGACUUGAUAAACAAGUUGGAUUCUCGGAAAGCUGACCCGAACUCUGACGACGCCCAUGACGAGAAUUCUCCGGACUGGGAGAAUUUUGAAAGAUUGGCGCGGUCUAAUUAUUAUCGCCUGCUUUUGAAUAACAAGAAGAUUUGGAGGCUUGUUGCAUCGAACAAGAUGCUUAUCAAGGACUGUGAUGUGAAGAAUCCUUAUCAUAUAUUCCAGUUGACGGCCACAAUUGAGAAGCAACCAUUUCCGGACUGGGCUUGUAAACUGAAAACUCGUCCCGAGCAGAACUACCAUCAGCAUCAACUGCAGCGGCCAGUCGAAGAACCCGCCAAAACUCAGCCGCGGAUUUUCACGCAAAUCAAGUCGUUCAUCACUUCAGCGGGCAAAUUUCUCAAAUCCGCGAAAUACAAGACGAACGAAUUGGAUGAAGAAAACGAGUCGAAGCAAUUCGAAAGUGAUCCCUUCUACAUGAUGUUCGGUCCUGGCUUGGACUCGCCGAGAACCAAGAAGAUCGUUGUCCAAAUGAUGCUUUCCAACUUUUCGGGAGUGAUGAAAGGAUCUUCGUUAGAUAUUAUGAACGCCAGUCGCCGGCGAAACGUCGAAGAUGCCCCUGGAAUCGGACACGGAAUCCGUUUGAUGUCUCACAGUGGUCCUAUUGAGGUCGUAACCGUGUACAACACCCGGGCAAGGCAGCGAGACGUGCAAUAUCGCACUAACUUCGAACGGAUGACAGCUAGUGGCAUCUUUCAGCACGCUGAUUCCAUCGACGAGAAUUCAAGCGAGAACCAGUGGGUUCUUCAAGACGGCAUUCGUGCUGCCUCUGGCUACAGUUCGGGUUUCCUUUACGUCGUGGAUGGACGAGCAGAAAAUCUAGAUGGAAGUGAUCCGGAUAGUUCAUUGGAAAUGAGAUGUUUCAUUCGUCCUAUAUCGCCGACGAAGCCGAUUCUUGUGCUGAAUUGCCAGGAAGAACCCGACUCUCCCGUCAUCAGCAAUUUCGAAUUGGCGAUCAGGCUGAGGUUGUUCGAUUUCCCGAAUCCGGUCGUGGUAAUCCGCGUGGAUUCGAGAGACGUUCUGCAUUCCGGGCGCAUGGGGUUCGCGUGGAUGAAACUCAGGAACCAUUUUGUUCAACAGAACAAAUUGCAAUGAAAUGAUUUUCUUUUUUUGUUGUUGGAACAUGUGACAACGACAACGAGGGAUGAUGAUGAGCCAGUGGAAAUUUGCAAGAGUCAGCUCGGAUGAUAUGGUCUCGCUUUUGCUGGAUGGAACCCUGUCGACUAUAUUUUGCUCUUCGUGACACGAAACGAAGUACCAAACGGAUGACCGAUCAAAUGCUUGAUUACACUGGAGAUUGACCGAGUGAUCGCAUAUUUCUUUCGAGUGGUUUGAUUUUCAAUGUAAGUCCGCAGAUAGAAUGCACUUUUUUGCAAAAAUGGCCGGAUGGAGACGGAUUCAAGCGAUUUUCGACGAGGCAAUCGAACCGCUUUCUGCGGAAAUAAUUGACAGAAAUUACGGUAAAUUCAAUCUAUUUUAUUGCUUUGUAUUAUACUUCUUAUACUGUGGUUAACUGCGAAUUUGGACUUCGAAGAAAUGAUGUGGCAGAAGAAAGAGUUUCUAAUCUUGAGUAGACUUCGUUAAGUUUCUAUCUUGGAUGAAACUCUGAGCAAACCUGAUCGUAAAAAAAAAGAACAUCGCUCUGUUCUUGAUCCGUUUUGCUGUAUAAGGCUGUGGAUGCAAUUAUUAUUUUUUGCAUCAACGCCGCUUGGAUAUGAAAGACAAAUAAAGAAAAUGUCCUGAAGAAAUAA